AUGAAUAUUUCAGAUAUUAUUAAUGACCAUAUAGAUGCAGAAACAUCCUAUGUAAGUAAUUUUUUACGAAAUGUUAAAGAUAUUGAGACUUUUCCAACGGGUAAUGAUUUGGACACUGAUGAUAAAAAUAAAAAUGAAGCCAAGAUGGAUCAUUUUACGUUAACUCGUACAUCCGUACCUAUAGAAUAUCCCGCAACGUCUCCUUUUAAUGCCCUUAAUGACACCCAAUAUCUUGGUGGUGAUUCUCCUAUCCAAAAAUGUUCCUUCUUUGGUAGUAUCCCUGCUCGGGAAUAUGAUAGAAAAUGUCAAGCCAGUCAAGAAUCAAGAUGCAAAUAUAGACAACAUGCUAUUACUUGUUCAGGAAAAGCUGAUUUCAUUCGAGUAAAGUUGAUGUCAAAACUAACGAUAAUUACUGGUCCCAUGUUUGCGGGAAAAACGGAAGAGUUGUUACGAAGAAUUCAUCGUUGUCAAAUCGCUAAAAAUAAGUAUUUACUUUUCAAGCCUUCUUUGGAUAAUCGUUAUUCGACAGCGGAGGUGGUUUCGCACCAAAAAAAUAAAGCUCAAGCAAUCGUCCUCGAAAGUAGUAACGAAAUAGACAAAUAUAUUUCUCAAGAGAAAGAGCAAACGAUAUUAUUUUUUGAUGAAUUACAAUUUUUCGACGAAGGAAUUGGCGAAAAAAUCAAUUUCUUGUUAAAAAAGGGUUUCUUAGUUAUUGGUGCAGGGUUAGAUAAAAACUUUCGUGGAGAACCUUUUAAUGAAGUUAUGAAAUCUUUACUUUCCUUGGCUGACGAAGUUAUUAAAUUAAAAGCCAUUUGUCAAGUGUGUCAAGGUGAAGCUAGUUUUACUCAAAGGGUAAUUUCAGGACAACCUGCUGCUUAUGAUAGUCCUCUUGUAUUAAUAGCAGGUCAAGAUGGUUAUGAAGCUAGAUGCCGCCAGUGUUAUGCUUGCCCAAGAAGUUAA